AUGAGCAAGGCCAUUAAGAUCUUCGUUCUCAUUGUCGCCGCCCUCAUCGUCAUGACCAAUGCGGAAGAAGAAUUCUCUGUGAGUUAAUCAAUGAUCUCAUUCGAACUAUGCGAACAAUUUUCAGUGCAUACAGAAACUGACCGAGUUGAUCAACGUACUUUGCAAGGGGCAUUUUAAUAAAGACAGGGUCCCGAGCUUGCAGGAUAUUUGUUGCAGAGAUAUGUGUGCAUAUACAAGAUUAAAGAGAAUAUUUUGCCCACAAAAGGUUUAGUUAUUACGUAUUCUUAAUGUUUUUGGGAGCCAGUUUAGAAGUUGUGUGUUCUACUUCCAUUACGUAUGUCUGUUUCUAGUCGAAUAAAUUAGUUACAAGUUAUUUUGAUGCAUGUCCUACAUACUCAAUGCACACCUUCUGUUUUUAAAACUCUCACUCCGGAAAUCAAGAAACAGAUGCGUUUCUCAGUGUUCUUGUAACCGAUAAGAAAAGAAGAUAGAAAAGAGAGGAAAUUGUUUGUCGAAAAGUGGCGACAAACGUUGAACACGGAGAUCAUGGACACAACUUCUUUACACACUUUUGGGGCGUCACUGAAAGAGUUUAGGUAUGCACAAAACCUGUCUAACGUGGAUCAGACAGAUUUGGACCUUUGGCAGAACUUUGCAGAGAUGUUGAAAGAAAAUCGAAUUAUUUUCAUGGUUCGAAAGUAUUUACUCGUCUUUUGAACCUCCACUCGUGUUAACUAGUCGCCUUGUCAAGAGAAACACUACAGAAAGGAAGUCUAAACUCUCACUCGAUUACGGUGGUUCUCUUCUUUUCUUGUUCCUAAAAUCCCGGAGACAUGUUCUCGUUUUCUUAACUCCCACAUCGUCAGUUGCCAAAAAGUUGCUCCACUCGGUGGCAUCUUGACCGAUGGAAAAAGGGGGGGGCAAAUGAAGAAAAUGUUUGUCGGCACGCACCGAGAACUCCGUGAGCAGUAAACAAGAAAUGGGUUCAAUUGUUGACUUCGAAUGUUGCACAACGCAACAACAAACGCAUUUUUGACAAAUCUUUUUACUCUUUUAUAUUUUCCGUUUGUUUUUAACGUUUUUUCCUACAGUUUCUCACACCACGCCUUCAGAAGUUCACCAGUGUCGCUGCGGUAAGUUUUGUGCGAAGUAUACCUAAAUUUUGAUAACAACCAAGUCAGUUCAAUGGUUAGCAUCUGAAUUUCUUCAAAACUUCUAAAUACUGAUGCACAUUGACGAAUUGCAGAAUAUGUGCGCCCUCAAAUUGUUCGUUCUGCUCAUCGCCGCCCUCUUCGUCAGCAACAACGCACAAAUGACUUUUUCUGUGAGUUAUUCAAUGAUCUCUUUCAAAAAAUGCGAACAAUUUUCAGUGUGUGAGAGAAGUGGCCGUGUUGAUCAGCCACCUCUGUAAAGGCCAGUUCAAGCACUACACGGGUGUUGAGCACAUGUGGGCUUGCUGUUACAAACCUUGCAAAUAUUCUCAUUUAAUGAACAAAUUUUGCCCAGAUCAGAUGAAUGCCUAA